UGCAGACUUCUGUUUGAAGAAAUGCCCGAGAGAAAAUCCACGAUAAUCGAACAGGAAAUCCCCACCAAUUCUCUUCGAAGAUCCACCAGACUCCAUCCUAGAAAUCCUACCGGAGUUCAAAGCCCAAAAACCCCAAAUCUUGCUGAAACGAGACACUGUCGUCCCGAUUCAUUUUCCACACCUGUUUCCAAAAUCAAGAACAGAAGGGGGAGAGAGUCCGAAUUAGAUUCGAAGAAUUCGAGAAACGCAAUUAGAAAGUCUGAAAGACUGCAGCGCAGGACCAAUUUUAGUCGCCCGGAUUUGGGGAAUCAGUCUGUGAAAGGUGCGGCGAAAUCAGGCGGUGGAUCUAGAAGGUCUGGAAAUCGGGAUGAGGGAAGCAUUGCGGGUAAAAGCAAAGAAGUUGUGUAUCUGCGUGAGGAAGAGGUUGUGGUGAGGAUGGUAACAAGGAGUUCGGUUCGGAGGAAUAAAGCUGUAUACGUUGGUGACUUCGAUUCGGAAGAGGAUUGUGUCGAUAGUGUUUCUAUUGUGUCGAAAGAGCGGAAGAAUAAAGACAGAGUUGUUCAUAGAGAAGAAAAGGCUGUGAAAACGGAGAAGAGGGUAACUCGUAGGUCUUGUAAAACAGAUGUGAAGACGGCAACCAGGCGAAAAGCAGUUGUGCCGGAUGAAGCAGACCCCGAAGAGGACGAAGACUUAGCUAAACGAGAUAGGAGUAGGAAAGAUGUCGAAGAUUGUGGGGUUGUGAAGAUGAAUGGAGAACAAAAUUUUGUGAGGAAGGCACAGGUUGGUGAGAAGAGGAAGAGAGAUGGGGUUGAGGGAGGGUGCGAAAAUGCUCAAGGAUGGACUAAGGAACAGGAAGUUUCUCUGCAAAGAGCUUAUUUCACAGCUAAGCCCACACCUCUGUUUUGGAAGAAAGUUGCAAGGAUGGUUCCUGGCAAAUCAGCGGAGGAAUGUUUUGACAGAAUUCACUCCGACCACCAAACUCCACCCCAACCACGAACACGUUCAAGGGCAAAACUAAAGGAACCAUCACCCCUCUCGUUUUCUGCAAGUAAGUUACUUAGUCCCGUGGAGAGGAAAACUAAAAGGCUAGGAUCCAAAAGGAGGACACUUCUAGCACAGAAGACAGUAAGAAAGAUAUUGCAAAAUCAACAGAAGGAAGAUCAAGAUUACUGUGCGGAUCUGUUUUCGGUUCUUGAGCCAACAGCGGAUCCAUCACCGUCCAAUCUUCAAGCGGAUACAACCUUCGCCUCACCAGAACCGAGCAAAGCAUCUAGCUUCCUCACAGCGUGCAGGCCGGUGUCUUCAUCAUCACCAAAAAAGCAUCGCUCGAGAUUGAAUGGCUUUCAGAAAGCAGGUUUUGUUAGUCCCCCGGUGCUGAAGCAGAUUAAGAACAAGGCUUUGCAUGAGAAAUACAUAGAUCAGCUGCAUUGCAGGGAUGCCAAAAGGAAGGCUGAAGCAUUGAGGAACUCUAGAAACAUUAAGGGACAAAUUGACGAAAAGGCAAAUUGCUUAAAUCAACAUUUUGUCAAAGCUGCAAAAGAUGCUUUAGUUUCUGAUGCACAGGAUGCUAUCAGUAAGUUUCGCAAUCUGCAUAAUACAACUGAUGAUGAUGGCGGUGGUGAUGAUGAUGACGAUGAUCGUGGUUAUGAUGAAGAUGAAUAUGGGAAUCGAUGAUCACUAGUUUUGUUUGUAUGUACAAUACAUUGUUUAGAUUGUUACAUUCCAUAAUCAAACUUGGUAUAUUUUUUCAGUGAGACUGUAAUGGUGUCUCUGUUCUCAUGUACGAGAUUUGAAGGAAAAAAGGAAGUAUCUAGUGUUUGUAAAUAGUUAACUAUAAAUUUGAUCUUUGGAAAAUUAGGUUUCCAACUUUUAGAUCA